AUGGGGUUGCAUCAGGGGUCGGCACUAAGCCCUUUUUUGUUUGCCAUGGCGAUGGACGUAGUGACUCGCCACAUCCAAGGGGAGGUGCUGUGGUACAUGCUCUUUGCAGACGACAUUGUUUUGAUUGACGAGAUGCGAGACGGUAUUAACGCGAGGUUAGAGGUAUGGACAGAGACCCUGGAGUCUAAAGUGAUAUAUAGAAUGUCAAGAUCAGAAAGAGAGUGGAUGAGAGUGAUAAAAGAAGGGCAAGCUUCUCGUGUUGUCUUGUCUUAUGAGUUCAUUGAUAAGUUAAAGAAUGUGAAUUGGGAUGAUGUUUUGUAUCGGGAUGCACUAAAACAACAGUUUGCAUCCCAACAGAAAAUCUCAAAACCAUCUCAAGAGAACCAAGAUGACCUUAAUAAGCGUGCGGAGUAG